AGUCGGGGGCUUCCCGCGACUCGCCUGCGGGGCCAAACGGGCUCUGGCUCCUCCCAGUGGCCGGCCCGGGCGGAAGCAGGAGGUGGGGGGUAUCGUGUGCGCUGCUGGUCUCCUCUCCCGCGGCGCUGGGGCCCGUGCUUCGCUGCUGCUACAGCAUUGGGUGCCUCGCAGGCAGCCAGCUUCUCUCCGCGCCCUUCCGCUCUUCAACCAGGCCCUUUUCUCAUUCGCAGCUCGUGGCAUCGACUCGGUCGGCCCUAUCCCGCCCCGUCUCAUACUCUAGCUGCCGCGGCACCGGCCCCGAUGGCUCUGUGCAACGGAGACUCCAAGGCCACUGACAACUUACUCUGCAUGUUUUGAGGCUAGCACUUCCUCCAUCUUUCCAGAGGAUGUCAGUGGAAGUGUUUCAGGUAGAAAAUGCUGGAGGAGACAUUAAGGAUGGCUGCCACCACUACGAAGGAGCUGUGGUCAUUCUGGACGCCGGUGCUCAGUACGGAAAAGUCAUAGACCGAAGAGUGAGGGAACUCUUCGUGCAGUCGGAAAUCUUCCCCUUGGAAACACCAGCAUUUGCCAUAAAAGAGCAAGGAUUCCGUGCCAUUAUCAUCUCUGGAGGACCUAAUUCUGUGUAUGCCGAAGAUGCUCCCUGGUUUGAUCCUGCAAUAUUCACUAUUGGCAAGCCUGUUCUUGGGAUUUGCUAUGGCAUGCAGAUGAUGAAUAAAGUAUUUGGAGGUACUGUGCACAAAAAAAAUGUUCGAGAAGACGGGGUCUUCAGUAUUAGUGUGGAUAACACAUGCUCCCUAUUCAGAGGCCUUCAGAAGGAAGAAAUUGUUCUGCUCACCCAUGGAGACAGUGUAGACAAAGUCGCCGAUGGAUUCAAGGUUGUGGCACGUUCUGGGAACAUUGUGGCAGGUAUAGCAAAUGAAUCUAAAAAAUUAUAUGCAGUACAGUUCCACCCUGAAGUUGGCCUUACAGAAAAUGGGAAAGUAAUACUGAAGAACUUCCUGUAUGAAAUAGCUGGGUGCAGUGGGACCUUCACUGUGCAGAACAGAGAACUCGAGUGCAUUCAAGAGAUCAAGGAGAGAGUAGGCACGUCCAAAGUUUUGGUUUUGCUCAGUGGCGGAGUAGACUCGACAGUUUGUACGGCUUUGCUGAAUCGUGCUUUGAACCAAGAUCAGGUCAUUGCUGUGCACAUUGACAAUGGCUUUAUGAGAAAACGAGAAAGCCAGUCUGUAGAAGAGGCCCUCAAAAAACUGGGAAUUCAGGUCAAAGUGAUAAAUGCUGCUCACUCUUUCUACAAUGGAACAACAACUCUGCCAAUAUCAGAGGAAGACAGAACUCCAAGGAAAAGAAUUAGCAAAACGUUAAAUAUGACUACAAGUCCUGAGGAGAAAAGAAAAAUUAUUGGGGAUACUUUUGUUAAGAUUGCCAAUGAAGUAAUUGGAGAAAUGAACCUGAAACCCGAGGAGGUUUUCCUUGCCCAAGGUACCUUACGGCCUGAUCUCAUUGAAAGUGCAUCCCUUGUUGCAAGUGGCAAAGCUGAACUCAUCAAAACCCAUCAUAAUGACACAGAGCUUAUCAGGAAGUUAAGAGAAGAGGGAAAAGUAAUAGAACCUCUGAAAGAUUUUCAUAAAGAUGAAGUAAGAAUUUUAGGCAGAGAACUUGGACUUCCAGAAGAGUUAGUUUCCAGGCACCCAUUCCCAGGUCCUGGUCUGGCAAUCAGAGUGAUAUGUGCUGAAGAACCUUACAUUUGUAAGGACUUCCCUGAAACCAAUAAUAUUUUAAAAAUAGUAGCGGAUUUCUCUGCAAGUGUUAAAAAGCCGCAUACGCUGUUACAAAGAGUGAAAGCGUGCACCACAGAAGAGGACCAGGAGAAGCUGAUGCAGAUUACGAGUCUGCACUCACUGAACGCCUUCCUUCUGCCAAUUAAAACUGUCGGUGUGCAGGGUGAUUGUCGCUCCUACAGUUACGUGUGUGGAAUCUCCAGCAAAGACGAACCUGACUGGGAGUCUCUCAUCUUCCUGGCUAGGCUCAUACCUCGCAUGUGUCACAACAUUAACAGAGUUGUCUAUAUAUUUGGCCCACCAGUUAAAGAGCCUCCGACAGAUGUUACUCCCACUUUCUUGACAACAGGGGUGCUCAGUACGUUACGCCAAGCUGAUUUUGAGGCUCAGAACAUUCUCAGGGAGUCCGGGUACGCUGGAAAAAUCAGCCAGAUGCCAGUGAUUCUGACACCAUUACAUUUUGAUCGGGACCCACUUCAGAAGCAGCCUUCUUGCCAGAGAUCUGUGGUUAUUCGAACCUUUAUUACUAGUGAUUUCAUGACUGGUAUACCUGCAACACCUGGCAAUGAGAUCCCUGUAGAGGUGGUGUUAAAGAUGGUCACUGAGAUUAAGAAGAUUCCUGGUAUUUCUCGAAUUAUGUAUGACUUAACAUCAAAGCCCCCAGGAACUACUGAGUGGGAGUAAUAAACUUCUUGUUCUAAAGUGCUGUGUGCAGUUUAACUUGAUUAGAAAACAUUCCCAGUAUUGACAUAUGCAGUACUGUGAAGAGUACUGGAGCGGCUACAUCACAUCUGAAUUCUCCACAGCAGAAAUCUAUGGCCUAAGGGCUGCGUUGGGGAUAUCUAAAAGGGACUAAAGAGUUUGUACGGGUAUAAUCAAAGCAUCAUUGCCUACACUGAGACAGAUUGACACUGCAUUUGCCUUUGCCUCACUUGUUUUUUAUGUAUAAACUCACUGUUGCUAUUGAUGUCUCUGUCAGUGAAGAUGUAUGAAGGUGGGUGAGUUGGGGGGUAGUAAUGGGAUUCUGUUCCCUCACCAGUUUCUAAGAGCUGUUAGAAAAAACCCACUAUUUACCAGUGUGACUUAGUGUGUAUACCUGUUUUAGACUCUGAGUUUCCCUGUAAGUAACCCUAUUUCUCCAAGCGUUGGGGGGAAGUGGUGAGCAUAUCAGAUAAAGAUAUAGGUGGGCUGAUCCCGCCACUUUUGCAGUACACCGGCAUUAUAAAAUAUAAGCUACCUUAAUACGGACAGCACCAGGAAUACAUCGAGGUACUUUAGAAUUGUGUGCUGUCACAGCCAUAGGAGAAAGGAACUAGGAGUGGAGUCAGUUUUAAAUGUUUUCAAAUCAUGUUUCCACUAGAUGCCAUGUUGCUCACAGUCAGCCUUUUCACCAGGGAGGAGCUUUGUCCUCCUUGCCUCGUAUUGCCUGCUCCAGCAGCCUUGCAUAGGUAGUUUUGUUCUCUCCCUUGAGGAGACCGUCUCUGGCAUAGCAUAAAGUUAAAGCGCUUUAAUCUCGUUGGUCAGAGGGGAAGCUUUGAGACCGCAAAAACCAUCACGCAUGCCUGCAGUUUACAAAUGCAUGCCCACAGCUUAUAUCAUCCAGUGAAGAGUUGUGCAAUCAACUUAGAUGUAAUCUGUAGACAGAUUUAUUACCCACUGCCCAGAAGACUCUGACUAGUCUUCUAUGCAAGCUAUUGCCAAACUUUGUAAUCCUUCUACCAGCUGUAAGAGAAGAUUGGAGAACUGGUGUAGAACUUGUUGCCAUUGCCACCAGUUUGUACUAGAUCCUUCAUAAUAUUUAUAUAAGCACUCUAAAUAUAGACAGUAUUAGACAUAGAUUCUAUAA